AUGGAUCUAGGCAAAAAAAUCGAAAGUCAUUGGUUACCAAAAUUAUACGCUGAACAUGAACAAUAUCAAAAAAAUCAACAGAAAAAUGAUAAUACUGGGAAAGAAAAAUUUUAUAUUUUACCCAUGUUUCCAUAUCCAUCUGGUCGCUUACAUAUGGGACAUGUUCGGGUAUAUACAUUAAGUGAUACAUUGGCAAGAUUUUAUCGAAUGAAAAAUUAUCAUGUUAUACAUCCUAUGGGAUGGGAUUCAUUUGGUUUACCAGCUGAAAAUGCGGCAAUGCAACGUUCAGAACAACCCGAUCAAUGGACAGACAAAAAUAUUGCCUAUAUGAAAGAUCAAAUAAAGAAAUUAGGUUGCAGUUUUGACUGGAAUCGAGAACUUUCAACGUGUGAUCCAAAUUAUUACAAAUGGACUCAGUAUAUAUUUGUUAUGCUCUAUAAUGAAGGUUUAGUCUAUCAGAAAAAGGCAGCUGUUAACUGGGAUCCAGUUGAUCAAACUGUACUUGCCGAAGAACAAAUUGAUGAAAAUGGUCGAUCUUGGCGUUCUGGUGCAGUUGUUGAAAAAAAAUAUUUGAAACAAUGGUUUAUUCGAACAAGAGCUUUAACAAAAUCACUUCUGGAUGGUUUAGAAACAUUGAACAAAGAUGAUUGGGAAGCAUUGAUAAAUACACAAAAAAUGUGGAUGGGAGAUUGUAAUGGUUGUAAUAAUGUUCGUACAGGAUAUGAUCAACUUGAGUGUUUUACAGUGACACCAGAAUCAUUACUCAAUGUAACACAUCUGUACAUCAGAAGUGAUCAUAAAUUAGUACAGCCAGAAACGAUAGAGAAGUUAUCAACGAGUGUAGAACGUUUGAAUGUGUAUGCCAUUCACCCAUUAAAUGGUCAAAUGUUACCGAUUUUCAUCGAUAAUGAAGUUGAUUAUGGUCCAAAGGAUCGAAAUAGUGUACCAGUAUUGAAUGUACAGUUAGGAAAUCCAAAUUUAAAUGAAUAUGAUCGAAUAUUUGCUACAAAGCACGGCAUAUCUAUUAAGAACGAUGAAAAUUCAAACAAUGUACAAAGAUCCAAGAUAAUGAGUGAUUUACAAAAGUGUAAUGCUGGUGGAUAUUUAACAUCAGGAAGACUGAAUGAUUGGUGUAUAUCUCGACAAAGAUAUUGGGGAACACCGAUACCAAUUAUCGAAUGUGAAAAAUGUUCAACUGUACCAGUACCAUUCGAUCAGUUACCUGUAAAAUUACCAUCAAUCGAAGACGUUAAAUUUGGUAAAAAAUCUGGUAUAUCACCAUUGGCGAAUGCAGAGCAAUGGAUGAAAACAACUUGUCCAAAAUGUGGUAAUGCAGCUACUCGUUCAAUUGAAACAAUGGAUACAUUCGUUGAUUCGUCAUGGUAUUUUUUACGAUUUUUGGAUAAUAAAAAUCAAUUAAAACCAUUUGAUGGGAAAAAAGUCAAUCCUUUAAUGCCUGUAGAUUGUUAUAUCGGUGGAAUUGAACAUGCCAUAACACAUUUGUUUGUUGCACGUUUUAUUCAACAUUUUUUCUAUUCAAAAAAUAUAUGUACAUCAAUGGAACCAUUUAAACGUUUUAUUCCAAUUGGUAUUGUCCAAGGAAAAACAUAUAUUACCAAAGACGGAAGAUAUCUUUCCAAAGAUGAUGUUUAUUUAAAAGAUGAUACGUACAUUGAUAAAACUACUCAAGAAUUAGUUAAUGUUGAAUGGAAGAAAAUGAGUAAAUCAAAACAAAAUGGCAUAGAUCCUGAAGAGAUAAUCAACGAAUAUGGAAUUGAUUUUACACGAUUUUUAAUGAUGAAUUUUGUUCAUCCAAGAUCACCGAGAAAUUUUAAUUUAGAAGAUGGUGCUCCUACAGGUGUAAGAAAUUGGUUUCGAUUUUUUUGGAGUUUUUUUACUCAACUACGCAUACACAAACAAUCUAUAGAAUCAACACCAUCUAUUGACAAUAAAGAAUUAGAAAAAAUAGAAUUAGCCAUACGUGAACAACGAUUAAAUACAAUUUAUUCUGUUAACUUUUUUAUUACUAGUUUUUUCAAUAUACCAUCGGCCAUUAUUGAAAUUCAAAAAUUAACAAAAUAUUUAGUGAAACUUCCAUUAAAUAUUAAAUUACAAUCAAAAGAACAUCGUCGGGCAUUAUGUGAUUGUUUAAUAAUGCUUGCACCAAUUAUUCCAUUUCUCACAUCGGAGAUAUGGACGUUUGUACAAAAAGAAUUUUCCGAUGUAGAAGGUUAUGAUCUCAGUAAAUCUUUAUUUGAACAAAAUUAUCCUAAUCUACCUGAUGAUUAUCCUACCAAAGUGAUUGCAAUGUUUGAUUGGAAGCCAUUUGCUUUUGCACAUAUAGCUAAAAAUAUGAUAUCAACACUGUCUAUGGAUGAUGCCUAUAAAUUAUUAUUAGAUCAGCCGUCAUCUAACAACAUAUUAACAUUUAUUAAAGAAAAUAAUCUUCGAGUAGAUCGUAUACGACUUAUGGCUGGUGUACAUGCUACAUUAAUAUUUGAACAAUCCAAAACAGUUAAUGAUACAAAUAAAAAUGAGCAACAAGAAACAUCAUCAUUAGAAUCGAAUGAAAUUAUCGAAAAGAAAAAGAAAAAAUUCAAACGUUAUACAUCGAAUAAAACUGUUGAUGAAACUCAACAUAAACCUGAUGGAAAAGAGACAAAAUCAAAACGGACUAAAUUAAAAAAAACAUCAACUGAAAAUGUAGUAGAAAUUUCAAGAUAA